AUGGACCCUGUCUCAGCUAUCGGAUUAAUCGCGUCCAUUGGUACUCUCCUGAAGGCAAGCAAAGGAACCCUCGACCUCAUCAAAAGUUAUAAACAUGCGCCGAAGGACCUCUUCGAGCUCGUGCAUGACCUUGAGAUCUUCGAGGAAGCACUGAGAGGCUUUGAUCGUGUCUUACGUAGCCGCCAAACAAAGCACAAUAUCUCCGAGAAGAUUCUUCGAACAGCUAUCAAUGAUGGAUCGGCCACCGUUAAAGAUCUUGAGAAGAGGAUAAAGCAGGUUUAUAAAACCGAAAACUCGAGUUUACGUCGGGUUAGAUUCGUCCAGAAUAAGUCACAUUUUGAAACGCUUGCUAAGCAAAUCAAAAGCCAGGAAACGUUCCUCGCUGUGUGUAAUCAGCACCCACAACUCUUAGAAGCAUGUUCGACUGUUGUUGAGGAGAUGGCAAGCGAGCCUCGAUUCCCCAGCGAUAUGUCGGAAUCAAGAUCACCUCUCAUUUCGAGAUAUCCGUCUUCGAAUUCAUCCUCCAUAAUAUCAAUGUCUCUCGGAUCAUCACAACCGUCAUCUCGAAGCUCGAUAUCGUCCAAAAAUUCUUCCACCACCACCUCUACCUCGUUUGGAAACACUCUGUCAGUACCAGGCCGCAGCGACCGACGAGGGAGUGACGUAUCGCCCCAAUCGAGCACAUUAGUGGACUCGCGUUCAACGAGUUCACUGAUCAUCCGUCGCGCAUGCCGGCAUGAUUGUUACUGUAAAUGCCAUGAUGAACCCACUACUGGUGAAUCCAAGACACCGUCAUCACGGUUCAACGCGCGGGUAUUUCGAGAAAACAACAAGCCCAAAGUUGAGUGUUCAGAUCCAGGUUGUGCAGCAACAAUUUCUCAGGAAAAGCCCAUCCCAGUCUCUUUGUUCAAAAAGGCCAUAUCGAAUAUGAUGUCGACAAGCAGUAUCCAGGUUCGAUAUCGGCUAAAUACCUACCGUAUGGUGCCGGAGGGAUCCAAUGCCAUGCGAUAUGUCAAACAUGGAAACCUAGAGAAGUUGAAAUUAGCGAUUGAGUCGGGUGAAGCAACACCUUGGGAUACGGCGCCGGAUGGAUGGUCUUUGUUGCACACUGCCGCGUACGCGAGACAAUUGCCAACCGUGCAGUACCUUGUUAAACUAGGUGCGGAGACUGAAGUAUCUGAUCUUGGAGCAAGAAAGCCAGUUGACUUCGCAUUUCUGAAAUCUCGCGGAGCAGAUGCUACCCAAACCGAAAAAGACAUCGUCCAAGUCUUCUCCAAACAAGACGAUUAUAUCGACGACUAUGAAUUCACCCCGAUUCACAUUGCUGUCCUGGAUCUCUACGACCCCGAAGACUUGGAACGCCCCACCCUCGAGGAACUCAUUGACUUCGUCGAUCAUGCUAACAACGCCCCACAAGGCACCAAUUGGUCUCACUGGAAAGCGAAAUAUCAAAAACGAUCUCCUCUGUUCGUCACAAUCAUCGAGCAGUUCCGGGUUUCGGCAGCGGAAAACCCAGAUACAGGCAAAAUCAUACAGAACCUAGUCGAUCAGAAAGAUCGCAAGUUCCACUGGACGCCGCUGCAUUGGGCUAGUGCCACGGGGCAAGCGGAUAAAAUGAAGAUUCUUGUGAAUACGGGUGCGGAUCCGUUUAUAAAGUCGAACUUAAAUGCGAACAUUUUACAUGCAGCAGUGGAGUCGAAUGCGCUGGAGAGCUUGAGCUAUGCGCUGGAGAUACAUAAACGGUAUCCGGAUCUGUUGAAUAUCGAUCAGAGUAACGUGUGGGGGGAGUCACCACUUAUUAUGGCUGCGCAGGGGUGUUUGGUGGGCUGCGUAAAACUCCUCCUUGAGGCCGGCGCAGAUCCGAAUGUGAGACAGGAGAAUCAGCAAGUUGCGCUGCAUUAUGCAGGUCUUUCAGAUCGUGGGGAGAAGAAGUGUGAGACAGUGGCGUUAUUAUGCGACGCAAGCAAUACGGCCAAAUUGGACAUUGACGCGCAAGAUGAGGACGGAAGGCCGCCCAUAUUUGAUUUUGUGGACGAUAUGGAGUGCAUGAAGUGUCUGACUCAACAUGGAGCGAAGCUAGAUUUGUUAGAUAAUUCUGGGAAUAGCAUAAUUCACCAUGCUUGCAUGCAAGGGGAGAGUGAUUCACUGGAAGCCCUGUUGCAGCUGCCAGGCGAUGGAAAAUUGAUCCUAACGCGGAAGAACAACGACGGGAAUACGGCGUUGAUUGAGGCACUACGCCAUGAAAGUAUUGACUGUGCCGCUAUCCUCCUGGAACUUGAUGAUGUCGGCGACAUUGUCGGUCAGGAUGGGUGGGCUGCAGUGCACUAUGCGGCGAAGCUAGGUGAUCAAAUCCUAUUAAAAGCGGUAUUGAAACAUCCAACGUUUACACGAGGUAUGAAGACAAGAGAUGGCAAGACCGCUCGCGUGAUAGCCAUGGAGGCUGGCCACUGGCAAGGGGAAACAAAGGACCUGUUGAAUCGAUACAAUGCCCUAAUAUGA